CCUCCACUAAUGAUGUUAAUAUUCCUUCAAAUGUUUAUCUUUAAGUUCUAGUUUGUACAUAUUUGUCUUUGCUCUAACUGUUUCUCAUCAGGUCCUUUAUUUUGCUUCAAAUUAAAGAUAGCAUAUACAAUGUAGUGAUUGAUGUGUGUUAUGUGUUGCAUUAGGUGCAAGCCUCUAUUUGUUUCAGCUAAAAUAUAAUGAAAGGGCAUGCUUUUAGAAGUACUGCAACUUGUGUUAGCAAUAGUUUGGAAGCAUCUGGGAAUAAUCAGUUGUUCCAAAAAUUCAUACCGGGGGAUAUUGCAUGGAUCAAAAUCCAUAACAAUUCAUGGUGGCCUGGUCAGGUUGUUGAUGAGAAAAGCAUUGAUGUUAAACCCAAAAGGAAAUCAAAGGAUGAAAUUCUCAUUCGCUUGUAUGGAACCUAUGACUACUUGUACAUGGACCCUUUGAAGUGCAAUAUGGAGUUUGAGAAUUUUCUCAAGCAAGAUAAUAUUACCAUGAAAGAAGCAUUCCAAAAAUCACUGGACGAGGACCUUUCUCAUACAAUAUCAAGUGGCUAUUCUAAGGGACGAGUUUCUCACUUUAGAGGACAUACAACAUCUGAAUCACCUAAAGGCAAAAUGCAAAAGCAAAUCAAGACUGCAAGGAACCAGAAAGAAUUAGGUUCUUCGAAUAAACAAAAAGAAGGAAGCUCAAAGCAAAAGAGAAAAUAUGAUGCAAGAGAUAAAGCUGCAAGGAAUACAAAAACUAAAGAAGAUGAAGGAAGAGAACAAAGGAUAAAUGUUAAGUAUGGGAAAGAAGCUAUAGGAGGCAACAGCAUACGACAAGGUACACCUGAAAACCAUAAUAUUGCAGAGAAAGAAAUAAUUGGGGCUUCUGGAGUCAACAGCACAAAAAGAGAUUGUUUAAGGCGAUCACCACGCAAUGCCGAUAAGAAGCAUGAAAUGGAAAUGUAUAUAAUAGAAUGGUCCAGGUGCCAAUAUACAGAGUCUUGUGGAUCAGGAAAGUUAAACAUGAUGGAUAAAGUGAACAGUGGAGCUUCUAACAUGAAAGUUAUGGAGCAACUUUGCUCAGAGCAAUCGAGACAAAUGGAUAGGGUACAUAUAAAAGAAAAGCUUCCAGGUAAAGCUUCAAAAGAAACUUCUGGGGAUGAAGCUGCUGGAACUGUAAUUGUCAAGAAAUAUACCCUAAGAAAACGAAAGCAAAAGGAUGCCCAGCUAGAGGUUAAAAAAAAUUUUAUUAGUGAAAUGUCAAAAGACAAAGGCAAAAAAAAUCAUGAGUCAGGACUCCAAGAUUAUGUAGACAAAGGAGCUAAUAGGGAUCUUGUACCUAAAAGAAUUAGGCAAAAUGAUUUUCAAGAACUAAAUCAUAAAAAUGUUGCAGAACAGACCAUGGAAAUGUUUAGCAAUGAGGUAGCUGGAAACAGAUCCAUGGAGCAGGGUGAAGCAAGGAAAAAUAUCGCAAUGAAGAUGGUGAGGAUUGCUGCUUCGACAUGCAAAAACAUGAAGCCAAGUGACUUCGAAGAACAAAAGCGUGGAAAUGCUACACAGCCGAAGAAGAUAGAGAGCCUUAAAUCUGAUCAUCAGGCCAAGUUUUCUGCACCAGAAUCAGCAGUAGAUAUUAGUGCUAGAAAAACUAAAGUGAUGCGAAGUUUGGGUCUCAUUCCACCAUCCGGAUCGCCAUUCCACACAAACAGAAUAUUGGAAGUAGCACACUUGAAAACUUAAUUGCAAAUGUUCAUUUUUUGUAAAAGCCAGCCUAAAACGUUACUUGGUUUGUGACUCAGGCUCAAAAGCUAAAGCCCAUUUUGUUGAAGAGUCUCAUGGUCACAUAUGUAGGAUAAGUAAGAAGUUUUUGUGCAGCAUUUUUUUUUGCAGGUUCAGAUUUUCAAGAUGUGUGUAUCUGACACCUAUCAAUCUCUAUGGAAGCUACUUAUAUGAUCA